GCGUGUUUGCAUGAGUUUAGGCGAUUUGAAUGAUUGAACGAAACAUUUGUCCUUGAAAGUCGGCAUAAAUUAAAUAGAAAAUCAAUGGUGUUACAGUUCUAGCUGGGAGCUCCUUGGCCACUCGCAAUCCUUUGUUUUUCCGUGCUUGCCUUGUCACCUGAAUCAAUUGAUGCUUGUAUCAUAGCACAUGAUGGGGGUACGAUUGACCCUUGCGUAGGAUAAGGUCAUUAAGCGUAUAUCGAUGUUUUUGCGCGGAUUCCCACAUUUAAAUCUUGUCCUUCCUUUUAUACCCUGGGAAAAUUAAAAAAAUGUGUCAGAUACUAAAUUAUUCUUUCUUAAUGCCCUAAAAAUUAUCAGCAGGCCGCAGGCACAGAUCCAUCUUAACGAUUAGAGACUGUCAUCGACACACUUCGGAAUCAUCUCUUGACCUCAGCUCUCGAACACGAACUUCGUGGCGUGACCAAUAUAACUAAUGAUAUGCGUAAUCCCGUGGGACCGUUUCGUUACGAUCGUAAACAAAAUCAAAAUGGCGUUCACUCUAACCAAGCUUGUGACCUCGUUCCAGUCAGUUUUUCAGAGCCAUUCAGGGGCAAUCAGAAACACAACUAUAACUCUGAUAGUUUUUGGAAUCAACGCCGUUGUUCAAAGCGAGGAUUUUUUUCAAUGUCCGCCAGAUGGUUUUGCUUUGUAUGCAAGCUGUUUCUUCAUCAUUCCAGCUUUGUUUUUAUUUCUCGUGACAAUAUUUCUUCAUAGCGGAUUCUGGGAUCUUGUGCGUGGAUGUUGCUUUUACGAACAGCAGCAAAGAAAAGGAUUAAAGCGUUACUGUUGCUGCUUCUUCCCUCGCUGGCCAUGCAGCAGAAAGCUCGUGGAAAUCAUAUUUCAGAGUUCCUUGUCUGGCUUCAUUUGGAUUUUCUGGGCAUUGUUACAACGAGACUAUUUUAUAUGUGCAGCUCUCGGAGGAACGAAAGAAGCAAAAUUGCUUUCGGCUUCACCUCAGGAGAAAUUAAAAAUCGAAGCAGAUUACGCAAAUGCGGGGAAAAAUUCGCAAACAGCCGCUUUAUUGCUCCUCGGUUGUUCUCUGCUAGGGGGUUUCCUUGUUAUUUCCAUCCAAAGAUGCUGUUUCCAGCGAGAAAUCGGCUCAUUGCCAAGUCCUUUCACCUACAAAAUACUCGAAGCAGAAGCAGCAGUUGAAGCAUUUAAAGAAAACAUGGAAAAGCUGGCACGAGAACAAGGAAAGAGACGAGCAGAUCUGUAUUUUACCACUGUGCAACAAAAUCCUUCCGACAUACUCAGAAACGCUUAUCAGCAUUUGGUCGCCAUAAAUAAAUUCGAAGAAGCGUUUCCAUCUUUGGAGGAUUAUCAACAUCUUCAAGCGCAGGCAGCUGUUACUGCUUUUAAGGAAAAAGUUCAACAAGAAGGCAAACAAAAAGUCGACAUGACUUUUGUUGAUACAACCUGGCACGAAUUUGAAGGAAAUGAUGUGUUCUCGCUGGUUGGUCAAGCGCACGAAGCUAUGGCAGAAAGAUAUCCUCGAUCAACAGGCGACAGGACGCAGCCAUACGUAAAGGAGAGGGAUGAUUCGGACGACCUCAGGGGAAUCGUGUCUCGAGGAGGAAGAGGAAACGAUGUUGAAAUGUUUCCAAGAGCUUAACUGAGUUUACUGAAUUUAUUAUCGAAAAACUGGUCUUCCAGUACCUCUUAUGACAAAGUAAAUUUUUUACCUCUCUAGCUUAGAUAGAAAAGUAACUAUGAACAUGGACAGUUAUUUAGAUAUAGCAAGACCAGAAUCAUGGAUACUGGUGAACGUGUAUCGUGAAACGUUACCUUAUCGAUAAGUGCAAUUUUAUAUUUUAACCAAAUGUUGCCUUUGCAUGUAAUUAAUAAUUAACAGUUCAGAUGGCUAUAUUUUUAGCCGAGCGGAACCAUUGGAUCAAAUCAAAGCCCUAUGUAACAAAACAUUGUCCACGAGAAAGCUCAUUAAACUGCAUGUAUUUCUAAACUGAAAAAAUUCUUCGAAAGCCGCGGCUUGACUGCAUGAAAAUGAAGCAUUUGUGCCGAUGUAACCAACACUACAUUCGAUUCCGGGAAAGGAAAGGAAAGAAGAAUAUUAACGUGGAAAAGAACGAAGAUAUCGAAUUAACUCACACACAGGUACUUUGUGGUAGCUUGUUAACUGUAACCAAAAAUAAACUGUAUCGGUGCCACAGA